UUGCUAUGUAGAUCGGUAGAAGGUUGGAUCGUGUUUGUGACAAAUGUGCAUGAGGAGGCGCACGAGGAUGAUGUCCGUGAACGAUUUCUGGAAUAUGGCGAAUCGUUUUUGCUAUGUAGAUCGGUAGAAGGUUGGAUCGUGUUUGUGACAAACGUGCAUGAGGAGGCGCACGAGGAUGAUGUCCGUGAACGAUUUCUGGAAUAUGGCGAAGUGAAAAAUAUGAAUUUGAAUAUUGAUCGGAGAACAGGUUUCCUAAAGGGCUAUGCGCUGGUAGAGUAUGAAACACAGAAGGAAGCUCUGGCUGCGAUUGAGGGCUUGAAUGGGUCAGAAUUGCUGGGCCAAACGAUCAGUGUCAGUUGGUGUUUCGUUCGAGGUCAUGGUCAGAAGAGAAGACGACGAUGAUG